CGCAGCGCAUCAGCUCAUCGUCAGCUGACGGCUUGCUUGGUGCGUGUUUUUAUUCGCAUUCUACAUUCCAUUCAGUUCGGUUUGGUGUCGUGCUGCUGUGUAGUUGCUCUUUUAGUUCAUUGAGUUGAAAAAUAACGCAUCGCAUCUUUUAUUCAUUCUGCAAGGAACCAUUAUCUAAUAACUAUUAGGACAGACAUUAGUGUUUAAUUCCCGUCGUGUAUCGUCGAUUGUGCACCAUCAUCCAAAGUGUUAUCUUGUUGGUUCAUCUGCUGACGCCGCUCGAGUGGCGACAAUCAGUCGGUCAUUCGUUCGGAGCGUGAAGUGCUGCUAUACUAACGGGAUGGCCACUGGCAAGUACAACUUCGCAAUCGAUCGUGGAGGAACCUUCACCGAUGUCCUCUGCAUCACUCCAAAUGGAAGCAUCCGGACACUGAAGCUGCUGUCGGAAGACCCAGCCAACUACCCGGAUGCACCGACCGAAGGUAUCAGAAGAAUUCUGGAGCAGGAAACUGGCGGGUCCAGUACCGCGCAGGGUCUGGUCAAUACCGAGCUCAUUGGCUGGGUACGAAUGGGGACGACAGUCGCCACCAAUGCACUGCUGGAAAGGGCGGGCGACCCGGUUGCCCUAGUGGUGAACCGAGGCUUCCGUGAUCUGCUGCAGAUAGGCAAUCAGGCGAGACCGAGUAUCUUUCAACUGAACAUCCAGAAACCCUCCAACCUAUACCAGCAAGUGAUCGAAAUAGACUGUCGCCUAGUUCCCGCCCAGCAUGGCAUUUGCCAAUUGGAGCACAACUGGACUGAACUUCAGGGUGCCUCCGAUUCAUGCUACCUGGAGAUGGAUCCAAUCGAUGAGGACCAAAUACGUGCCAAACUAGUGGAAGUGUUCGACAAAGGAAUUACCUCCCUAGCUGUAGUUUUAGCGCAUAGCUACGCUUGUCCGACUCACGAGCUGCUGGUUGGUGCCAUAGCAGAUCAGAUCGGUUUCAGACAUGUGACUCUGUCCCACAAAGCGAUGCCGAUGUGUCGAUUGGUGGCUCGUGGCUUUACUGCUUGCGCCGAGGCGUAUUUAACACCACAUGUCGAGCGAUAUCUGGCAGGUUUUAGAGCUGGCUUCAAGGAUCAACUACAGGGUGUCGAUGUACUGUUUAUGCAAAGCGACGGAGGACUGACGAGGAUGGAGAAUUUUCGAGGAGCGCGAGCGAUUCUCAGUGGACCGGCUGGUGGUGUGGUUGGAUAUGCAGUGACUGGAUCGAGAGAUUCCGAACAGCAGCCACUUAUCGGAUUCGAUAUGGGUGGGACUUCAACUGACGUUUCAAGGUUUGCGGGAACCUAUGACCAUGUAAUAGAGUCCACGACCGCUGGGGUUACCAUUCAGGCGCCACAGCUAGAUAUCAACACAGUUGCCGCUGGUGGAGGAUCACGACUAUUCUUUCGAUCAGGGUUGUUCGUGGUAGGCCCGGAAUCGGCAGGUGCCCAUCCAGGGCCUACAUGUUACAAAAAAGGUGGUCCGCUGACGGUUACUGAUGCCAAUUUGAUCCUGGGGCGAUUGUUACCGGAGUACUUCCCGAAGAUUUUCGGUCCAAAUGAAAAUGAAGCCCUGGACUACAUGGCUACGAAGGAAGCAUUCACCGUUCUACGGGAGGACAUCAAUCGGCAUUUACUGGAGUCGGGCAGUGGAGAGAGACCGUUGACGCUGCAGGAGAUCGCAAUGGGAUUCAUUCGAGUAGCAAACGAAGCCAUGUGUCGACCGAUCAGAGCCAUCACCCAAGCUCGUGGAUUGGACACUUCCAAGCAUGUUUUAGCUUGUUUCGGAGGAGCCGGCGGUCAACAUGCGUGUAGUAUUGCGAAAGAGCUUGGCAUGAGCAAGGUUUUGGUGCACAAAUACGCCGGAAUAUUGUCCGCAUAUGGAAUGGCGUUGGCGGACGUGGUAUAUGAAAUUCAGGAACCCUCAGGUGUAGUACUGAAUGAGGCGAACCGUUUUGCUAUCCAAGCAACACUAGAUGAACUAUCACUGGUAUGUAGAGACAAUUUAACGGAACAGGGAUUCUCGGAUGAUGCAAUAGUUCUGGAACCGUUUCUUCACUUGCGAUACGAAGGAACCGAUUGUGCUCUGAUGUGCGCACCGGACAAAGUUAUCAGUAAUCAAGAGAAUUACAUAUACAGAUAUGGAGACUUCGAAAAAACGUUUGUCAACCGUUACAAGGACGAGUUUGGAUUUGUUCUAGAGCAUAGGAAGAUCAUUGUAGACGACAUACGAGUUCGUGGUUCGGGAAAGUCUGCGGUUUACGAGGAAUCGGAUAUUCGCGAUGCAGAUGUACCGUUAUAUCCGGAAAAGACCACAACCACUUUUUUCGAAGAAGGGUCGCUGGUUACUCCGGUGUAUGAUUGCUCCAAGCUACGCAACGGACACACAAUCCAAGGUCCAGCGAUUUUGAUCGACAAGCUAUCAACCAUAGUCAUAGAACCAGACUGUCAAGCAGUGGUAACGUCAAAAGGAGAUUUGAUCAUUGAAAUCGCGUCAGGAAAUGGAAACAAAAGAAUCGAUGACCGCUUAGACGCGGUGCAGUUGAGCAUUUUUAAUCAUCGUUUCAUGAGUAUUGCAGAGCAAAUGGGUCGCGUCCUUCAGCGUACGGCUAUUUCGACCAAUAUCAAAGAACGAUUGGAUUUCUCCUGUGCUCUUUUUGGUCCGGACGGUGGUCUGGUAAGCAAUGCGCCCCAUAUACCGGUACAUUUAGGUGCGAUGCAGGAAACCGUCCAGUAUCAAAUCGAAGUUCGUGGAGAUACUUUGAAACCAGGGGAUGUUCUACUCUCCAAUCAUCCUCAAGCUGGUGGAUCUCAUCUUCCCGAUCUGACGGUUAUAACACCUGUCUUUUAUCCAGAGAUCCAGAAGCCUGUAUUUUUCGUAGCUUCGCGCGGUCAUCACGCAGAUAUUGGAGGAAUAACACCGGGUUCGAUGCCACCACAUUCAAAAUCUUUAUCACAGGAGGGAGCUGCCUUCAAAUCUUUUCUACUAGUCGACGGAGGGGUGUUUGCAGAGGAUCAAAUCACCAAACGACUUGUGACGCCAACUCGUGCACCUGGAGCUACCGGUACAAGAAAUUUGUCUGAUAAUUUGUCCGAUUUGAAAGCACAAAUAGCUGCAAACCAGAAGGGCAUUCAGCUGGUAGCAGAACUGAUAGACAGCUAUGGGCUGAACGUUGUCCAAGCAUACAUGGGAUACAUGCAACAGAACGCCGAGUUGGCUGUCCGGGACAUGCUCAAAGAUAUUGCCAAAGAAGCUAAGUUAAGAACCGGUUCAACAAUUCUGCAAGCAGAAGAAAGUAUGGAUGACGGAACACCGAUAAGCUUGCAGGUUACAAUCGAUGAGGAGAAAGGAUCUGCAAUUUGUGAUUUUAACGGCUCCGGUUAUGAGGUGUACGGCAACUGCAAUGCCCCCCAUGCCAUUACAUUGUCGGCAAUGAUUUACUGUCUCCGUUGUAUGGUUGGCCAUGACGUUCCACUGAACCAGGGCUGUUUGGCCCCGAUACGUGUUGUUAUACCGAAAAAUUCCAUACUGGAUCCAUCCGACGAUGCCGCUGUGGUAGGUGGAAACGUUUUAACUUCUCAGCGCAUCGUGGAUACAGUUUUCAAGGCGUUCGGGACUUGUGCUGCCUCUCAGGGUUGCAUGAAUAACGUCACAAUCGGGGAUGAGAAUUGGGGAUACUAUGAAACGGUAGCCGGCGGAAGUGGAGCUGGACCGGGAUGGCACGGAACAGGAGGUGUUCAUACGCACAUGACCAACACUAGAAUUACAGAUCCGGAAAUCUUGGAACUGCGUUAUCCCAUCAUUUUGAAGAAGUUUUCAUUGAGAGACGACCAAUCUGGCGGGACUGGUUUGUACACAGGUGGUGAAGGGGUUCAUCGGGAGUUACUCUUUCGAAAACCGAUGACUCUUUCGGUUUUGACUGAAAGACGAGCACUGGCUCCAUACGGAAUGGCAGGAGGGGGGCAAGGCAAAAAGGGAUUAAACUUGCUCUUGAAAAAAGAUAGAAUUAUCAACUUGGGAAGCAAAACAUCAGUUGCAGUGGACACUGGAGAUAUAUUUUCGAUGAAAACACCGGGUGGAGGUGGCUACGGACGUCCGUCUUCGAGUGCUUUUCCCCUGCUAGAUCUAGUCGAUGAUGACCCAUCGAAGAUGUUCGUUGAGCGCGGUAGCGUUUUUGAGUUUCGAAUAGCUCAAGAGUCGGUUUGAUGGCACGAUGUAGGGUUUAAUUUCAACCUAUAUAUAGUUUUGAUUGUUAUUUUGAUUGUAAUCAUAGUUGUGAUGUUCAAAUAGGGCGUUGUAGGGGCCAACAGUUUUGAUAGUGAUGUUGAAAGUGUUAUGAAUUUGAUAGCGAAAAGUUUUAAAAGCGUUUUAGAUAAUCUUCCAUAUCGUACUUAUAUAUGACUCAGGAUAGGCAGCAACAUUAUGUUGAUACGAAAAAAAUAUUCUACAUAAAGAGAGUACAUAAUCUGAUCCCUCUAAGAGAUGACUUUUAUACUUUUUAACGACGUGCUAAGAAAAAUUUGCCAAUUAUUCAUAGGACAUAGAGAAGCACAAACAGAAACAAUAGUGUUCCAAAAUGUUAUACGAUUCAAAAUCAUCAUAUUUGUACUAGCCUUAUUGAGCCCAUUUACUGCACAAAACAAACAAUUAGCAUUGUGAUGUAUAACCCAGUGCCGAAAUCGUACCAAUUACAAUAUAGCAAUAAGAUUGAACCAUUCAUCUUGUGAUCUGUACAAAUCCUCAAGUCUAAAUAUAUAAUCUUCUAUACCGA